CCACGCUGGAACACGAAAAUGGCGACCACCCCAGGCCAGCCCAGACAGACAUGGUGAUGGAUGAUGGCUCGAUCACUCUUGCUCCAUGCCGGACGACAUCAAAGGGGGGCGGGAGCAGCAGCGCCAUUGGAACCCCGUCAACUGGGAUCUCCCCUCACCCCUCACCCGACAUUGCUUUGGUCUGCUGUGCUGUGCUCUGCUCAUCGUGCAGCUUCUUCGUCUCCCACCACUGCAGCACAGGCGAAUUAGCGGAGGACAGGUUGUGGCCGAUCCAUUCGUCGUCCAGCUACGCCUAUUCCCCUCUCUCCCUACCCCUUUCUACCUAUUCCUCUCGUUGCUACGCCUACGCCGCUUUUCUACUCCCGAGCCUGUCGAUAUCCGCCUUCGUUUCUUCGUGCAAUAGUGCAGUUGUGUGAGUCCAGGGAAUUGCUCCAGUUCAUCGAGCACAGGGGUUCCGUUCUCGAGCUCGAGUCCCGGUACAAGCUCAAGAGAUAUAUUGUGGAUUUACGCUUUGAAAUUCUGGAGGUGGAGCGCGAGGAUGAGUGUGCGGAGUUUUGGAAAUGACUUUAGGGCGUGUCGGUGAGAGGAAGGUGGUUUUGGCGGAUGAUGGUUGGAUUCGCGAUGGCGGUGUGUUAGUUGGGCAGAAAGCGGUGGGAGUGGUGUGGAUUGGAGUAGGAGGAGCGGGUGGAGUGUGUAGUGCAGGGUCGGGUUGGAGAGUAGGAGAGGAAUGGCAGGGAGAUACAUGCAGUUUUCACCAUCGGCUGGAGGCUCUCCACAACUUGGCAUACGUCCCUUGAGUGCCGUUGCUGAGCACGACAAGUAUCUCUCUGAACUUCUCGCGGAGAGACAGAACUUAGGCCCUUUUAUGCAAGUUCUUCCCAACUGUAGUCGUUUGUUAAAUCAAGAGAUUGUACGUGUGACGGCGCUUGUUGGAAAUUCGUCAUUCCUUGAUCAAGAUGGGCUGGAGCAUGGGCAUGGAAGUCCCCUUUCAUCGGGAAUACUUCUAAAUAACGGUGGUUCAGGCGACUUAAAUGGCUGGGGAGACAGGCUUGGAUUACCUCAAUCAAGCUGGCAUGGGACACCUGGCACCCUAGCUGGGCCGAUAGUGAAGAGGACUCAACGUAUUGACGUUCCUGUUGAUAAGUACCCCAAUUACAAUUUUGUUGGGAGAAUUUUGGGUCCCCGCGGAAAUUCUCUGAAGCGAGUUGAGGCAACAACAGGUUGCCGUGUGUUAAUUCGCGGCCGGGGUUCCAUUAAAGACACUGCCAAGGAAGACAAAAUGAGGGAUAAACCUGGUUUCGAGCAUUUGAAUGAGCCCUUGCACGUGUUGAUUGAGGCAGAGCUUCCAGCUAAUAUUAUUGAGCAGCGACUUAUUCAUGCCCGCGAGAUACUUCAGGAACUUCUCAAGCCCGUGGAUGAGACAUUUGAUGUUGUAAAGAAGGCUCAGCUCCGUGAACUUGCCAUGUUAAAUGGUACUCUACGUGAGGAGAGUCCCGCAUUCAUAAGUGGCGCAGCAUCCCCUUUUAACAAUCCAGAAAUGAAGCGUGCCAAAACUCGGCGAUAGGUAAUAUCAAGAACUUUCCAAAUUCGUGAUUCUCCGAACCAUCCUGGGAAUAUCUUUGGCGAGAUUUUCUGCUCCUCAUUUUCGAAGAUUCUUUCUGAGAUGGCAUCAAUGGAUAAUCAGCACUUUCAAAUGAAGCCUGACAACCUGUGGCAAUACUUGGCUAUCAAGAAGGUGCAGUUAACUACUAUAAAUGACUUCAUUGAAGAACCGACUCUAUGGUUUCAUAACCUGCUUGUCAGAUGUGUAAUUGUCCACUAGAUAGACGUGGUGUAGAUGUAGACAGGGACUAGCACCGCGCACGAAUGUUCGGGAGGCACUGUGUCUCAGUUUUAUUAGACGGCUCUGAAUUUUUGAGGCUUGCUCAGUGUCUGGUCAUUGGCAACCGAGUAUUGGGGUUUCAUAUUUAGGAUUUGCAAACUCUACUGACCAGAGAUAGGGUAGUUUAGAUUACAUAUUUGUCAAACUUGACUUUGCAGAGUUUUCUUUGUGAUACGGUGUCAUUGACAGCCAUGUGCCCUAAAAGGGGAUGUUGGUGGGUACUUUUAAAUUAAGUUUAUUUGAAUAUUAAUAUUUGUGUCCUUAA